AUGCGUGGUCGUUCAGGAUGGCGUCGUUCUGGUGGAGGAAACGGUGGUGGAGGUGUCGGUGGUCCUAUGUUUCAAACGGGACCCCCAGGACCUUACGGCGCACCUGUACCUCCGCAUCCAGGCCCAGUCUAUGCAUGUUGGCCGGCCCCGUUCGACCUAACUUUGUGUGAGGCCACUUUUCCGAGGGCCAAGGAAGUGGAGGACUCUGAUCUUGCUCAGGCAAUCAAUAAACGACAUCAGGAAAUUAUGCCCACUAGUGCUGAGCAGUCGGCCGUCGUUAGCUUGGUGAACAAAGUGAAAGGUGCGCUCCAGAAGAUUGCAUCGAAUCCGGAUCAGUCUGCCUCAAUGGUACUGGAAGAAUUUCGUGAAGUGGGAUCAUUCCGUAAGGAAACAAUGCUUGCUGGUCACAACGUUGCCGAUAUUGUCGUUGUUUUCAGAUCACUGCCAACUUGUGAGUUCGUUCAACUCCUCUGUUUCUCCAGUUCAUCAAUUUGA